GGAGGGGAGUUACUUUUACCAAGCGACCCACACGGCACUCUGCAAGAACAGAAGACAUCUUCCAUCGCAAUGGGAGCCACCAAGGGAUACUUCAUACUACUGUGUGCAUUGAAUUUGGCUGUGAAAGGUAACGAUGGCAGCAUUACUAAUGACACUGUCACUCCUGUAACCGCCUUCCAUGCAGUCACUGAUUCCAUGACGGCUGUGAAAGGUAACGAUGGCAGCAUUACUAAUGACACUGUCACUCCUGUAACCGCCUUCCAUGCAGUCACUGAUUCCAUGACGGUGUCAUCUCGUUCAAGAGCAUCAGAUGGAGUCACAUCACCUGCAGGGAUACAUAUACAGUCCCCACGCACGACCAAACGGACAGAUACAGCUCCAAGCCACGGGGACAGUGUUACUACUGCACAUACUCUCUCCAAACCAGAAAUAUGGUACAAUCUCACACUCAACAAAACUACGGGGAUAAGGUGUUUUUCCAAGUCUGGCGAUUUGCCCAUCACGUACUCCAUUGUCCGCGACCUGACAAGUCCACCGUACAGUUCACACACUGUGACACUUCACACACGGCAGCCUGCAGACUUCCAUAUUGACAUGACGCAAGGGAAUGUAGCGGUACAUCGAUGCAAAGCAGUGAGCGGAUCUCUAACCAUGUACAGCGAUCCUUUACCACCAAUAAAAAUUCACAAGGAGGAUGAGGCCACCACCUAUAAAGUUAGCGAAAGUGAAGACGAUAUUUUAGGACCUCGGCACCUCAUCAUCCUGUCUCAUAUCCUGACCUCGGUUAACCGUGAUGUGCAGUAUCGAAACACCAUUGUUAUGGCAGUCUGUGGCCCCAUCAUCCUCUUUGUCCUGGCAAUGUUCAUUGUUCUAAACCAUUUCAAUCAGAGACGGGAUUGCAGAGAUAAGCCGUAAAUGUUCUACCCUUUGUGCUUCAAGACGGAGUACUGAAGAAAUGGAACGAGAAACAAAUUAUUCUGGAUAGAAAAUUCUGUCUUCAGAACCCGUGAAAGUGUUUAAUUUGUGGGAAAAUAAAAAUGAAUUGUACCGUUUUACUUGAGUUUAAUGGCUAUAAAUGUGAGCAGGUACAGAGAUCAAUGGCUUUAAACGGACAGUAUAGUCACUAGAACCACUACAGCUAAUGUAUAGUAUACUGCUUGUGUGUGCACUGUAUGCACCCAGACAACUUCAGCUCAUUGAAGAGGUCUGGGUGCAGUAUCCCAAUUGCACUUAGUGCUGCAAUGUAAAACAUUGAGUUCCAGAUGUUUACAUUGCAGCUCUAAGUCUGCCCACACAGGCUGUCUACCAUACAGCCACUAGAGGGCUUCCUGAACCCAAACGGACCUUUGGUCUGGUAUCUGCAUGAGGACAGCCAGCGUCUGAUUUUUCCCCAUAGGAAAGAACAGAUUCAAUGCUGUCCUAUGGGGAGUCUAAUGUGCGUGCGGCAUUUACCGCGCAUGUGCAUUAGCACCUACUUGUUGUGGGACAUAGUUGCUGGGUAAGAUAAGUAAAUAAAGGAUUUGUAACCCUUUAUUUACUGGGAGGGGGGAGUGAAAGUGCCAGGAAUACAGCUUUGUAUGUAAUAUCCCUUUAAAGAACUGUCACUUCUCUGGACAAUAUCCCAAAACCCAGAAACAGCCAAUAGAUCAUUCCACUUUUCCUGAAAGGCCACAAACGAAAAUAAAAGAUUUAGCCGGUUACGUUACAAUCUAGUACAGUCCGAGCACACAGUGCAAUUGAGGAGGAGGACAGAAAGCUUGGGGAGAUUUAUCAAGUGUUCUAAAAUGCUAAAAGUGGUGGAAUUACCAUGGAAACACAGUAGCGCAUCCAGUUGGUAACUCCAACCCUUUUACAUUUUUUAGAACACAACGCUUUGAUAAAUCUCCCAAUUGUUUCACCUCAUACUUGUACCCUAACUGUGAUAGGAAAGGGAGCCAUAUUUCUCUCUAUGCCUAUUGCCAGGCGCAGAGGGUGGAGCUUAUGGCAAUGAUUGACAGUGCGCCAAGAUUUUAGAGGUAAAUACAGCAUUGUGAACAUUUAAUGGCAUUUUUUAGAACGUUUUGCUAAAUUUAGGGGAUAAACAGAAUAUUAAAUAUCCAGGAAAGUGACCCUUUAACAUACAGCGCUACAAAUCGCCAGGGUUUGGAGCAAUAUCCUACUCAAUCUGCCCCAAAAAUAAAAUAAAAAUUACCCAAAGCUCAUAGAAGAGGCAACAAAAUCCAAAAUGAAAAAUGUUUAAUAUUUGUUAAACAGAAAAUAAACACUUUAGAAUUUGUUUUGUUUCCUUGUUAUGGUUUUGUUUGUUUUGUGCAGUGUCGCUUUGUUCCAACAUAUAUUAUUUCCUUAUUGU